ACAAGAUCUAGACCAUAACACAAUUUGGGAAAUUUUCUUCUCUUCUUUCUCCACUGAUUUGAUUCUCUAUGGAGAAAAAAAAAAAUGAAACCCCAUCUUCCCAUUUACCAAUAAUCCUGUUUUGCUGACCACUUUUUUACAAAAUUUGAACAAAACAAAUACACCCACUUUCCAAAUCAUUGUUUUCUCCAAUUUGGUUGGGAAAAAUUUUGUGGUUUUCUCCAUUUCUUUGACUCUUACCAGUACAAAUGAGGGGAAUUUGAAGUUGGGGUAAGGAAGUAGUUGAGAAAUUGGAAAAAUAUGUUAAAGAAUCAAAUGGAAAAAGCAUAAGAGAGAGAGAGUGAUGAUGGGGAAAGGAAGAAGAAUGGUGGGAGCACUAUGUUCGUGCGCACUAACAAUAAAAACUCCCUUGCGAUAGCGAUUAUGAUGAUGGAAAUUGUGAAAUACAACUUUUUUGUAACAAAAACAGUACAAAAUCGAAGAACCCUUUUGAAAAUUUUUUGUGGGUCCGUUCCAUUUUUCCGCCAUAGCCAAAAACCCAACAACCCCACAUCAAUCCUCCUCAGUCCCAUCAUUAUUACCAUCAAGAAGAAGAAGUAGUAGUAGUAGUAGAAGAAGAAGAAGUCUCUCUUACUCUUCUUCCCUUUCUCUCACCAACAAUCUGUCAUUUCCCCCCCUUUUCUUCCAUUUCAAGGCAUUUCUGUCACUUUCUUCUUUCCCCUUUUGAUUUCUUGUUUUCUCUCUUUGUUUCUUUGAUGAUUGUGUUGAUUCUGGUUUUAGCGAUGGUGGGUUGCUGAGGAAGUGAAGGGUUUUUUCCCUUUUUUUCCCUUCUUUGUUUCCCCCUCUUUUUGGGUUUGCCUCAAUGGGGAACUGCUGGUAUCGAUGGGAACCUACGGUUAAUAGGGUCUCAUCUAAUGCAAAAUCAGAGUCUCCAAAAGUUAAUAGUACAUCGCCUUAUAUAAGGACCAAUGAACACAAUUUGCCCUCUAACCCCAAAGAAGUAGAAGAUUUGCGUCGUGACUCGGCCACUAAUCCCCUGAUUGCAUUUACAUUCGACGAGCUGAAGUUAAUUACAGGAAAUUUUAGACAGGACCGCGUGUUGGGCGGAGGAGGGUUUGGAAGUGUUUAUAAAGGGUUCAUUACAGAGGAUUUGAGAGAAGGAAUUGUUCCUCUUCCAGUGGCUGUUAAGGUUCAUGAUGGAUUUAAUAGUUAUCAAGGCCACAGGGAAUGGCUGGCAGAAGUCAUAUUUCUGGGGCAGCUUUCUCAUCCAAAUUUGGUGAAGUUAAUUGGAUACUGUUGUGAAGACGAGCAUCGUGUACUCAUAUAUGAGUACAUGCCUCGAGGGAGCGUGGAAAACAAUUUGUUUUCAAGUAAGCAGCCAAGAGUGCUGCUUCCUUUGCCUUGGUCCAUUAGAAUGAAAAUUGCCUUUGGUGCUGCAAAAGGACUAGCAUUUCUCCACGAAGCAGAAAAGCCGGUCAUCUAUCGUGAUUUUAAGACGUCAAAUAUUCUGCUCGAUUCGGACUAUAAUCCAAAGCUUUCGGACUUUGGCCUUGCGAAAGAUGGACCGGUAGGCGACAAAUCCCACGUCUCUACUCGUAUAAUGGGAACUUAUGGAUAUGCCGCACCAGAAUACAUAUUGACAGGACAUUUGACCCCUCGAAGCGACGUUUAUAGCUUUGGAGUUGUUCUUCUCGAACUACUCACAGGAAGAAAGUCACUAGACAAACUACGACCGGCUCGAGAGCAAAACCUUACCGAUUGGGCUCUUCCUCUCCUAAAAGAGAAAAAGAAGCUAAUGAGCAUUGUCGAUCCGAGACUAGGAGGAGAAUACCCCGUCAAAGGAUUUCACAAGGCCGCAAUGCUGGCUUACCAUUGCCUGAACAAGAACCCGAAAGCGAGACCGCUGAUGAGAGAUAUCGUCGACUCGUUGGAGCCGUUACAGGAAGCAGUUGGUGAGGCAGUAGUAUCCUCUGAAACAACCUUAUUACCUGUUAUUGCUAAUGAGAGUGGGAGAAAGGAAAAUGAAGUCUUGAAGCUGAACUAAGGGCAAGGCAUGGGAGCUUUCGGCUACCUUUUGUAUUGAGUUUUUAUUUCAUCUUUUCUUUCUUAGAUAUGGGAUUUUUGGUUUAUGGUGAAAUUGUGUUUUACUUUUAACCUUGCUAAUACAUUCUCACUGCUUGUAAUACCAAAAUGAUUUGUAAAUGUUCUUAAAUGUUACUAAUUUUAUAGCUCAAAUGGAAAUAGAAAUAAGAAUGGAUCAAAGUGAUUUAUAAA